AUGCCUCGUGACAACCUCCUCAACUCCGCCUGCCUUGACCUCUUUGAAUUCAUUAAGCGCGAGAACAUAAAGCCCAUAAUUGCACAUGUCGUUGAACGAUAUCAUGAGAAGAUACAGCAUAUCACGUAUGUUGAUACUUUCCAAAACCUAAUAUUACGCUACGAUCAGAUGCAGGGAUACGGAACAAACGUAAACGCCGGCACUGAAGGUAGCGAUGCAAGCAGUACCGUAUUCAGCCAGGACGAAGCAGCCCCGACACCGACGAGGAUGAUUAUCAGUGGUGGCCAGCGGUGGGGUGCCAUGGGAGUGCGCGAGAUGGAUGCUGCGGAGGAGGAGUACUUUGAAACCUCAGAUGAUGAGGACGAUGAGGUAGGAAUCUUCUCAUGGGAGGAUCAUGAUACCGCUGCUACUGCUGGCGGUAUGGGUGGAGGGUCUGGACAGAGAACUGUGCAGCUCAUGCCCAAGGUCUUAUUACAGGUUAAACCGGCCGAGAAUACAGCUGUAUCGGCGCCUGCCAACGGUGCGGCUGCGAAGCCACUCGUCGACUAUCCAGAUGACGACGAUGACGAUGAUACAGUGCUGAAUGACCAGCCUCAAUCCGACGGGCAAGCCGCCACUCACACUCCAUCAACACCUACACCAACCUCCUCGCCACAGCAACAAACGCAACUCGGCCGUUACUCCUUUUCCGAAAAACGACGGCGCCAGGACGACGACGACGACGACGAGCUUAUCAAGCUUUCGUCAGGUCCCAAGCGCCGCAACUCUGUUUCUAGCUCUAACUCUGUUUCACCUUUGUUUCAGCGUGGCAAUGGCAACGGGAGAGGGAAGAGGGGCCUCAACUCGAGCCAACGCUCCACCAAUGCUAACGAUGGAUUAGAUAAAGACAAGGAGAAAGAAAGCGAAAAUGAUGCAUCAAAGGAUGCCGCUGCUUCCCCGGCUAAGAAGAUAGCAAUUAACCUGAACGUCUCAACGCGCAUUGCGCUGAAGAGCCAGGAUUCAAACGGUUCUACGCAGGUUUCUAUACCAGCAACGGCAACUAAACAAAAGGAUGAGGCCGUGACUGCUCCUAUAAUGUCGAGUAUAGGCAGCAGUGAUAGCGAUAGCGGUGGUGGCGGAGACGGUAGUGGAGGCGGUGGUCCUGAUAGUAGCAAUGGCGGCGCUGCACCUUCGACCACAACCACGCCGGUAACUGCAACAGCGACAGCUAGUUAA